UUAAUAUUCUGUUAUUAGGUUCUGAUGAUGGAGGACAGUUGAGGCAAAGACCUUCUGCUGCUCCUAGUAAUGAAUCAAGUGGAACAGAAGGAGCUGAUAAACCUCCUCCACCUUCUAAUCCUUCAUCUUCUGUCACGACAAUUAUGAUUUUUCUUGGAGUAGCACUGCUUCUCUUUGCUUUGUUUCUUGUGAUUUUUUGGAAGUAAACUAAUAGGGCUAUGGCAAUGGUACAGUUGCCACACCACUAGCAAACAUUUUGGAACUGUUGACAAUUAGGGGGCUCUUAUUUUUUAUUUUUAUAUUAAGUAUUCAUACUCUAUUACUCUCUAAUACUAUUAUUAUCUGCUAAAACCACUCACCACGCCUGCAGGCUGCAUGCACUCAUUGCACUGAAGAGUAAAGGGAGAGACAGCGAGAUUAUAUUGCAGCUCGGAUUAUACAGAAGGGAUAACCAACUAGUUGGAACGUUAUGAAGGAUCUUAUUUCUAUGAUCCCUCGAAUAAAAGGAAAAACAAGCAACGCUAACGGUCUCUAUUUGGUCUUCCUUCUCCUUUUGUCAGGAGAUAUUGAGCUCAACCCUGGUCCAGGGGACCCAAGAGAUAUACUACGAGCAAAAUCUGAUACUCUUGCUAAUUUAAUUUCUGGCAAUCUUGACAGAGUAGCUGGAAAACUGAAUGCUAAGGGUCUAAUACCACAACAAGCGGUGGACGAUACCUCAAUAGCAGCUUAUAAUAGCUAUAGAAAAGCUGCUGCACUAGUGGGUGUACUGCUAAUACAAUUGCGUUCCUCUAAUAAUCCCCAACGGUAUUUCAUUGAUGUCUGCAAUGUCUUAAGGGAUAAGGGUUUAGGAGAUGAAGCAUUAGCAACACUUGCUGAUGAUAUGUUGAAGGAAUUGGGCAGUGUUCAACAAGGACAAAUGAAUGGGCAUGCUAAGGGUAGAGCAUCAAAUGGAAGAACAUCAAAUGGAAGAGCCACAGUAUACACUUCAUCACCGAGUAAACUAUCAAUCAAAGAUCUAAAAGAAGUGCUAGAUGAUUUGAGGGAAGGAGGUUUUUGUGAUAAUAGCUAUUAUGACCUUGGUCUGGAGUUAGGCCUCUAUCGUCGUACAUUGGGUAACAUUAAAGCAGAUAGUUAUAUAGCUUGUCUGAGGGAGUGUAUUGCAAGAUGGUUAGAAAGAGCUGAUAACGUUGAUGGUCAUGGAGGAGCAAAUUGGACCUCAUUGUGUAAUGCAGUAGAAAAGAUCGACAAAGCAGCAGCUGACUAUAUCAGAGACCAACAUCAUAUAAUGCCAUCAGCCCCAUCACAACCAAUUGAGCAAGCAAAUCAUCAAGAUCAUAAUGAAGCAUCACAAAUUACAAGUUCUAAUGAAGGGCCACGACAUAGACAGAAACCUUCUGAUGCUACUGAUAAUGAAUCAAAAGAAGCAGAAGAAACUGAUAGUACUCCACCUUCUAAUCCAUUGGUUCCUGAGGCUUCAUCUGACAAGCCACUCAAAUGGUAUGAAAAGAAAUCUGUCAUAGUAUUGGUUUUUUGCCUCGUGCUCCUUGCUUUUGUUGUGGACAAAAUAUUUUUAAAUGGCUACGUGAAAGAGCUAUUAUUAGCUAUUAUCGGUGUCAUACAUCAUUUCAAAUAGGCUUUUAUUUUUGUAUUAACUUAUAAAGUUUUGUGCAAAAGUUAUGAUUGCCUAGUUUUGUGUAAAAAUUUAUCACUGGCAUAAAUGUA